GCGAGCGUGCUAAACCUUAUCGUCGUCAUUUCGCAGCUCCACUGUGUGAAACCCCAAUCCUAGAGUGUGAGAAGCCAUGUCUCCAGGUCCCGUUGUUGAGCUCGCCGCCGAUGCCGAAACCCAGCAACCACUUCCUGCUUCCGAUGAUACUCAGAAGGCUAAACCUCAGCAUCAGGAUGAUGAUGCUCCCGUUGUCGAGGAUGUAAAGGAUGAUGACAAAGAUGAAGACGAUGCUGACGAGGACGACGAGGACGAGGACGAUGAUGAUGAGAAGGAAGAUGGAGGUCAAGGUGCUACUGAGGGUUCAAAGCAGAGCAGAAGUGAGAAGAAGAGUCGUAAAGCAAUGUUGAAGCUGGGACUGAAACCAGUUACUGGCGUUAGUAGAGUCACAAUUAAGAGAACGAAAAAUAUUCUAUUCUUCAUCUCAAAACCUGAUGUCUUCAAGAGUCCAAAUUCUGAGACAUAUGUCAUAUUUGGGGAGGCAAAGAUAGAGGAUUUGAGCUCUCAGUUGCAGACACAAGCUGCUCAGCAGUUCAGGAUGCCAGAUAUGGGAUCUGUGGUGGCAAAACCAGAUGCUGCCGCAGCCGCAGCUGCUGGAACUCAGGCUGAUGAGGAAGAAGAGGAGGUUGACGAAACUGGGGUAGAGCCACGAGACAUUGAUUUAGUCAUGACACAGGCGGGAGUGUCGAGAAGCAAGGCUGUGAAGGCUCUCAAGACUCACAACGGGGACAUUGUCGGUGCCAUCAUGGAGCUCACCACUUAAAUAGCUUUUAUGCUUCAUCUUAUUGGAGUCGUAUAUUUUUGAUGAUUUUAGAUCUAACGCCUCCCUCUAGUUAAUGUGGUCAGCCAUAUCAAACCAUUAAAUAUGGUUGCAGUGCCUCGUGUUUUUGUAGCUCUCUCAUAGUCGUGGUACGUCAUGACCAGUGCAUUAUUUGUUAGUCGGUUCUACACAUAAUCAAACCUUCCGUGAGCUAUUUGCCUAUCUACUCUCCACCAGAUACGAUGAUGAUUCAUGAUAUUAAGUUUUGGCCUUGUUGAUUUAUAA